ACGUGGGCGGGGCGGUGCCGCCAUAAUGGCGGCGGCGGCGGCGGGUCCGCGGCGGCUGGGCCGGGAGGCGCGCGCCAGCCUGGCCGCCUUCCUGCUGGGCGCCUCGGUGGCGGCGCUGCCGCUGGCGCUGGGCUCCCCGGCCGCGCUGCUGGCCGCCCCGGGGCUGCGCGGCCGCCUGGCGCUCGCCGUGCACGUGGCGGCCGUGAACGCGGCGCUGCUGCUGCUCUACCCGCGGCCGCUCUACAAGAUCGCCGUCCGGGCCUGCUUCCUGGGCUUCGCCUUCGGCUGCGGGCUGCUGCUCAGCGCCGGCCGCUCCGCCUGGCGACACUUCGGCUGGUACAUGUGCUCCCUCUCCCUCUUCCACUACUCGGAGUAUCUGGUGACAGCCAUCAACAACCCGCGCAGCCUCUCGCUGGACUCCUUCCUGCUCAACCACAGCUUCGAGUACAACCUGGCUGCCCUCUCUUCCUGGGUGGAGUUCACGCUGGAGAAGCUGCUCUUCCCAGAGCUGAAGCAGAUCACCUGGCUGAGCACGGUGGGGCUGCUGAUGGUGAUCUUUGGGGACUGCCUGAGGAAGGCAGCCAUGCUGACUGCUGGCUCCAACUUCAACCACAUCGUGCAGAACGAGAAGUCAGACACUCACACGCUGGUGACCACUGGCGUCUAUGGGUGGUUCCGGCACCCCUCCUACGUGGGCUGGUUCUACUGGAGCAUUGGCACACAGGUGCUGCUCUGCAACCCCAUCUGCGUGGUGGGCUACGCGCUGGCCUCCUGGCGCUUCUUCAGGGAACGGAUCGAGGAGGAGGAGAUCACCCUCAUCCACUUCUUUGGAGAGGAGUACCUGGAGUACAAAAGGAAGGUGCCCUCCGGCCUCCCUUUCAUUAGAGGAGUCAAAGUGGAACUGUAGCCCAGGCGAGCCCCGGACUGGCUGAGCGAACGCCUGGCUCCAGGCGCUGCAGCACAGGGAUGCUGCACCAGGAUCAGCCUCUUGGUGCUCCCUGGCUGCCCAGCAGGAGCUGGCACAGGGCUGGGUGGCCUGCUGGGGCGCUGGCAGAGCAGAAGCUUGCGUGUCCUGCUCGAGACAAGUCCUUCAUUGCACAUUCAGGGAUCUUCCAGAUAACUUAGCCUGUAGCCACCCUAAAGAGAAACGAAGCCUCCUGCCUGCAGCAGCAGAUGUGGACUGGAUGCCUCUGGGCCCAUUCUCCUGGAGAGCUGCUCUGCCCCUGUGCCCACACAGGGAGAGUGCUGGGCAGGGCGCUGCUCUGAUGACAUCACUUGACUUUAAAGCUCUGUGCCCUCAAGCUGGGCAUUGCAGCUUCCACCUCCUUAGGCCCAGUCCUGCAUGCUGGCACUCGGGCAGCUCACAGGAGCAGGCCUCGGGGGCAGGGGCCGCCAGCCUUUGGUGUGCUGGAGUGCCAGCACUGUGGCAUGGAUCAGUUGUGCCCCAGGACAGGAGGGCUCCCUACUUGCCUCCAGCACUGCUGUGAAGAGCAGCAGGAGAGCUGAGCCCUGCUCCCUCCUGCAGCUGCUGCUAAGGAGUUGCUGUUUCAGCUGCUGCCUUCCCAAGCCUCCCCUCUGCCACUGCUCUUCCUUCUUCCUGCUUCCAAAUCUCGCUGCUUCCUACCCUGCCAGGCUGCCUCCAUCCUGAGGAUCCCAGGAUUUUGGGUUGGGGAAGAACUGGGCUUGCCAAGGCCCUUAGCGCUCAAGAUCCCUGCCUGCUCCUAGAGGCAAGCGUGGGGAUGUCAGCGUGGCCAGGAGAUGCCCCCAGGGAAACCCUCCCCAGCAGGGGACAGGUCUGGCUGAUGCUGUUUUAAACCUUACUACUUUGGAAAUGGUUCCUGCCCAGGCUGUGUGGUAUAACUUACUCUGUCGUUCUAUACCAAAGAGGUUCACUGUUCUGUGGAGUUUUAUGUUCUUCUUCCUGGCUGGGAGGGAGGCAAGGUGCUUGUCAGGCCACACUCUGGGCUUGGGGUGGUCCUUGGUGAAGGUGCUGGGUGCAGCUCAGCACAGGGGCACUGGUGGGAGUUGCUCUGGGGUUGGUUUUCUUACAUU